CCCGCCAUGGCCAAGCAAUACGACGUGCUCUUUCGCCUGCUGCUCAUCGGGGACUCCGGCGUGGGCAAGACCUGCUUGUUGUGCCGCUUCACGGACAACGAGUUCCACUCUUCGCACAUCUCUACCAUCGGUAGUCCUUGACUCUUGAAAGAGUACGGAGAAGAGCAACAAAGAUGAUUAGGGGACUGGAGGCUAAAACAUAUAAGGAACGGUUUCUGGAAUUGGGAGUUGAUUUUAAAAUGAAGACUAUAGAAGUAGAUGGAAUUAAGGUCCGAAUCCAGAUCUGGGACACUGCAGGCCAGGAACGAUACCAAACAAUCACUAAACAGUACUACAGACGUGCCCAGGGGAUAUUUUUGGUUUACGACAUUAGCAGUGAGCGCUCAUAUCAGCACAUAAUGAAAUGGGCCAGCGAUGUGGACGAAUAUGCUCCAGAUGGUGUCCAGAAGAUCCUUAUUGGGAAUAAAGCAGAUGAAGAGCAGAAGAGGCAGGUGGGCCGAGAGCAAGGCCUCCAGCUAGCUAAGGAAUAUGGCAUGGAUUUCUAUGAAACAAGUGCCUGUACCAACUUGAACAUCAAAGAGUCUUUCACCCGUCUGACAGAGCUGGUCCUGCAGGCCCACAAGAAGGAACUGGAAGGACUCCGCACUUACGCAGCUGAUGAACUGAAUGUGGUCGAGCUGGAAGAAGAAGCAAGCAAGCCGGAGGGCUCAGAGCAUUCUCCCAAAACCUGCUGGUGUUGAAAGCCUCCCAGCAUCCUUUUUUCCCCACACCCCCAGUGCAGGUAGAAAAGUUGCCACUUAGAGAGGGCUGACUCGCUGUACUCUAUCCCUCUUGUCUUUGGUUGCCUGUUUGCCCGCCAUCUGCCCUGUGGGAUCCUCUUUGCAUUUCCUGGUGUUUUUCCUUGAUUGGUAGUUUCUGUUGCCCUCAAACUCCCUGGAUCCAAAUACCUUCAGAUGGCUCACAAUAUGCAGAACAUGACCCUGCUGUCUUCAUGGGAGAGCUGUGGUUACCAGUCAUGGCUGAGGCUUGUCCAAUAAUUCAUUUGACUCCAGAUUCUCUGAAGCCUUGCCUAUUUCUGUGAGGUAGCCUGCUUGGGGCUAGGCCUGCUCCCUAAGAGUGGGAGAAGGAGUUUCUCUGUCCCAUUCACUGUCCUCCAGCCAUAUCCUCUAUAGCAGGCCUGUAGAUGGCUCUUUUCUUCCAUGUGCUUUGCCAUCCCGUUUCUGGAUUGUCCAAAUGCUUGUGCAGCAUUGCAUUUGGGGCUUUCCAGCUGCUUUAGGUGCAGCUUUCCUAUUUCUGAUACUGGGUUCCCUGAAAUUCAUCUCAGCAAAAAAAAAAAGAAAAGACCUCUUGUUCUGCUAAGCUGCAGCACUGGGAUCAGGAGAGAAUCUGUCCCUAAACAAAAAGGAUCAUAUGGGUAAAUUUGCACCUUUAGCUUUUAACAACGUUUGCCUCUUCCCAGGGCUAGAUUUUCAUUCUAGACUACAUUAGAGCUCUCUGUUAAAGGGCAAUCAGGAAGACCCUUUCCUGUGAUUAACUCCAAAACUUAUAGGAAGCUUUCGAUUCUGUGUAUUUUUGGAGGACCUCAGUCAAUCAGGUAUCUACUUAAGUUAAUCCCUCUCGACCAGCGGAAGCAGAAAUUCCGCUCUCUGUGGCCUGUGUCCAGGUCUGGCUUUGAUUGUCUCCUUUGAAUGAUUUCCCCACAACCUGCUGGAGCUCUGAUCAAGGAACAGGGUCUGUAAUCUGCACAUCAAAACUUUUAUCAUUUCUUGCUUUCAAGGUCUAACUUGUAAGAAGCUUGCUCUAAACCUAUUUAUGUCCUCUCUUUAGAAUUUUCUCUGCAAGCUCCUGAAAUUUAGUCUAAUACAUUCAGAGGGCAGGGAGACUUUUGCCAUGUGCCACUAACAUGCUAAGUUACAACAGACUAAAACCAGCCCCUCUGCAUGUUGCACCAGCAUUGCCCUCUUGUCUUGGCAUUUAUUUGCUUGGGGGGAAGCCUAACACAUUCAGUGGCAUGCCUGGUACUAUAUAAGCCGCCUGUUCCAGGGUAGCAGUUCCUUGUGUGCCAAAACCAUGGAGCUGCUAAGAUACCUCUCUUAUAUAUGUACUAGAAAUGGACCAUAGCUGAUAUUCCACAAAGAGCAGGUGUUUACUGGAGGCUUUGGGUGAUGUGAAAUGAUAGUUCGAGAGUCCUUCUUUACUUGGCCUUUAGCAUAUGACUUUAACCAAAGCCGUUCGGUCCAUUCCAAAUAGAUAUUGUGGUAGUUCCUGCUAGAUAAACGGUCCCUUUCUAACAAAAGCUAUAUUCCUUUGCUCUUUUCCUUCUUCUGUAUAUUGGAAUUGACUAUCUUGCUCUAGCAAGGAAAGGGGGAAGCUGCAUCAAGUAGUGAAAGACGGGAACAGUGAGAAUGCCAUAGUGUGGAAAUAAUACUGGUUGACAUGAUGUAAGUCAAGAACAAGGAACCGGGGUCUUGUGGAGGUUACUGAACAAGAGUUUUAAGCUUCCCUGUUUAUGCCAUCUGAGAUUACUGGGACAGUUCAGUUCCUGGAGGGUCAUAAAUCCCCCUCUCCAAUCUCCCUGAAAAGUAGAGGGUCUUAAAGCUCUGAAAAAGCUCUCACCAGUGUUAUUUGCAAAUAGCUAGUUUGACCUCUUUCUUUGGGUUGGAUGGAUUUGAACGGGUAUCAAGCCAUUACAAUAAGUGGAAACACUGAUAUUCUACCCAACGGUGCCUGUUACUGGCAGAAGGACUCUUGUGCUACAGAUUGCUGAGGGAGGCUACAAGAUUAAUAGUUGCUGGUUUCACAGGGGAACUACUUCUUGCCAGAACUAGUUUGAUACUUGAGAAAUUGUAGACACAGACAUAUACAUAGCUAUUAAUUUAUUGUAGCUUUAUUAGGACCCAAAGUAUAUUGUAAAGGUCAGGUUAUAGUGAAUAGGGUCUGAGAAUCUAGAAGUCUGUCAUGGCAGAGGAAAAAGGAAAAGACUGAAGAAAAUGGGACAGACUGAAGAAAAAGCAUUUAUUAUUAUUAUUUUAAUGUAUCUUUUUCAAAGCCCAAACGAAUUGGACUACUUCUUUGGAGCAUUAUUUGUUCUUAGUUGCUUUUGUCUAUAUAAUGAGUUUGAAAAGUUAAAUGAAGGCUGAAGGCCAGUUCAUACGUGCUCGCUGCCCAAGGCCUGAUGACUAUCCUUCCCCCGCCCAAUUCUUCCCUGCCUUGAUGGUGAACAGGUUUAUCCUUGGUGAGUACAAUUGGCAGUUUUUAAAGACUGCUUCUAAAUCUCUACUAUGGGAAGGUUAUGUGGGAUGACACGCCCAGUAUAGUUUGAGAUAGGAAUUAAAGCAAAGCAAAAAUCAGAUAGUGUCUACCUAGCUGACUACUAAAAUAUGUAAAGCAGUUCCCGGUUCUUUAAAACUUGCAAUUCGUUAAUUUCAAGAAGGCCUGCCUAAAAUUACAAAGGAGAGCUAUGUAACUGAAGGGAUUGGGCAGCACUUCAAGUUGCCAAAGCUUUGAAGACCCAUGUUCUUCAAGCUCACAUAGAAAUAAGAGCAUUGGUCCUUGGGGAGAUCCGUGGAAUGGCCCCAGUAGCCUUUUCUGCCUGUUGCAAUUUAGCAGCAUGGUGAUCUGCUUGCUCUAUUUAGGAACUGAGAGCACAGCUGCUGCUGCUGCUGCUAUCAAUGCACAUAAUUGACCCCACAUUAAAUUCUGUAUGUUCUGAAAGUGAGACAAGAGAAAGGAGCGCAUGAAGCUUUUUGCCCAUUGAUGGAAGUAGGUGGGUUCUCACUAUCUAAAGUUCACCAAUUUCACCUAACUGUUGGUGAAAUUUCUAGUUUGCAACCCUGAGCAAACUGAGUCAUGUUUUUAGCAUCUGGACAGUUGUAGGUAACCAGAUGUCGCUUGAUGGGAAUACAAAGCCCAUCAAUCCUAGCCAGACUGGUUGCCAAUCCCUGAUUUGGAAAACUGCAAUCUGAGUUGUUGACAACUUAUUGAAAGCAAACAUAACCCACUCAAUAUGAAUUGGGGGGGGGGCUAAUUAGAAUGAAAGUGGAUUUCAGACCAGUACCUGGGAAGGGAAAUGGGCUGGUUUCUGAAAAAGGUAACACUAUCCAGUAUUGUGAGGCUCCUUCUGUCCUGCAAGUCAUGGGCCAUAGGAACCUUUCUGCCUAUAGCAGAGAGAGUUGCACAUAAUUUGUCGUGGGAUCCAGCCAAAUGUACAACUUUCUGAAUCCUCUGCUGUGUCUGUAUUUUGUGAACUUGGCACUCUGACUGGGUUUCCUUGUAUAACCUGUCAUUGUAAUUCAUUACUUUAAACAACAAAUUAACAAAACAUUUACAAAUAAAGAUCCUUAAAGUAUUUGGUGGCUCUCAU